AUGAACCGUCGAUCUAGAACUCUGCAUCGCCGGUCCUCCCUGAACCGGUCGACCGAGCCGUUCCUCAAAUACCUAAAGCCCGGCGCGCUCGCCCAAAUCCGAGACUCGCGAAUCAGCAGCGCCAGAUCGCACCGUCUCAACUGGCUCUCUCAGAUCUGUACGUCGCCGCCUUCUUCUCCGGCGAACGACGCUGGUCUUCCACAGGUCAACGUCAUCGACGGCUUUCCUUGCUUCUCCGGUCGGAUCUAUGGCCCCAGAUGCCCCCAGAGGAAGAAACUCGCGGCGUCCAAGUCCGUUCUGUUCCUCAACCCCUCGAGCCCGGUUCACGACUCUCCCGAUCCGAUAAUUGAUGUGUUUAGUACGGACAUUCUUGCUGCACAUUGA